AUGGAUCAGGACAUUCGAGCUGUACGAAACCAAAUCCAGAAGGCCAUCAAGAAAGAUGAUCGAUCUUUAAGAAACAGGCUUCAAAGUAUUCUUCUAGACAAUAGCUUUCUAUGCCACAUGGUGCUGCCUCGCUUCCCAAACUUCCCGGUAAUACCAAAUGAGCGAUGUGGUCUAUGGUAUUGCGACCCCAAGCAAUAUGGGCAAACGAGCUAUUUCAAAAGCACGGAUGGCCAUGUCAAUCAGUGGGAUUUCAGCGUACGAAGACUGAACUUCCACCUUCUGCCAACUAUUGCAAAGAAUUCUGGCGUUAUAAUCGUCGAUAGCACCAGACGUGGUAAAAAGAUCCCUGAUGCUUUGAGUAAGACAGUGCCUAUAUGGUGUGCUGUACUGAAUAGUAUUGCAAUGGAACAUCGGAAUGGAAGUAGUGAACAAGAGAUACUUUACUUACCGCCAACAUCGGUCUCUGAAUCCGAGAGGCAUUCGAUCAGAACACGAUUGCCUGCGCUAGUGAAGAAAUUGAAGGAAUUUGACAUUAUUGACGGAAGAAAGCUACAUGAGCAACUUGGAGGGAGGCUGCUGAGGCCGUUUUGGGUAUACCCGGGUUCGCCCAUGUUGGAACCGAUUACCGAUGUAUUCACCGGAGAGGUUUUGCAAAAAAUAUGGGACUUUGGCGACGAUAACAUUAUUCCUAUCAUCUUAUGUACGGUGAGCUAUUGCGCUCAGGAUGGGAUAGAUAAGAGAUAUGGAUUCACUUAUGUUCAGGGCGCAGCAGACGACCAUGAACUUUGGUCUCAAGGACUAACCGCUCAGUUGUUUUGGUCCGAUAUUGAUUAUUUGCGAGACUCCAAUCGAUCAGAGCAAGAAAUUGAAAGUCGGGUUGCCGAGCUUGUAUUCAAAAAUGACUGUGCCUCCAAAGAUAUAACAGUAGAUUAUGCUUUUCCUCAAAUUGAUUCUGUGACUCCAGAACUCUCAUUAGGUAGGGUGCGGGAUAACCUCGAGAUAACCGAAAAUCUGAUUGUACAGCUUGGUGAAAGUUAUUCGGUAAUCAUUAUUUUGAGUUCCUCAGUCAAAAUUAGUGCACCUAAACCUUUGAAGGAUGAGUUUACGGAGCUUAUAAAAGUGUACAAGCUGCAAAGCGGAUCCAAAGCUAGCUCAAAAGAACUCAGGAAUCAGCUGUUAAGGAUUGCUCCUCCCUUGCAAGCAAAAGUUCUGGAAAAGCCCAGGAAACCAAUCCUCAUUUCAUGCAACUCAGGUACAGAUGUCUCUGUCGGGCUACUGCUUGCCAUACUUUCUUUAGAUUAUGGGCCCGACUGGACGCUAGGAAGCCCAACGGUGAUCAACAAGACCACAGUUAAAAAGCAUUUGGCUAAAAUCAUAUCUCAUCUACAGGGGCGCAAUGUUAACCCUUCAAGAGCCACCCUAAACAGUGUCAACCAUUAUCUUCUGUGGUCAAAUUCGCUGGUGAACACAUCAAAUUGA